UACACUCACAGUUCUAUCUUGUUUUUUUUCUGCAUUUUUAAACUUGUCUUUUAUCGUACUUGAAAGCAAACCAUCUCGACAGUUCCUCUUUUUAGUGCUUGUGUGCCCUUUUCUUUUUGUCAAUCCCCGCUGGAGUAGCCCUUUUUUCUUUCAAGCAAACACCAACAUUAGAGUAAACCCCCCCUGGCUGGCCCAGCUUUAAUUUGAAAUUCAAAUCAAUUUUACCAAUAUAUUUAUGCCAUGUCUACAGAUACAUCUUUACUCAAUACUACUGGCUCAUCUCUAGAUGACUCUCUAUUGAUUGAAUUACGCAAUAAAGCACAAGAAGAAAGAAAAGAAAAACAAAGACAUAUUGAGAUUCGUAGAACACAUUUACUUAAAGAACUCUUUUUAUUGACAAAAGAAAAAGAAGACGUGAUGGCCUUUCUUAAUGACCAGGAGAAUUUGUCAGAAGCAGAUUUUUUGCGUGAAGAAGAGUUUCUUGAGAAACAUCAAAUAAAAGACGGUGUAUUUCCGGAAUUAUCGCCUGCUUAUCGUCAAGAUGUUUUGGUAUCAAUGGUUCAUCCGGAAAAUCAAGCUGAAAUUAUGGAAAAUCAAGUUAUAAAACAAGAAGAAACGGUAAAAACUGAGCAUCAGGGCGAGGAAGAGCAGGAAGGAAAAAAGAAAGCAGUGUUCUAUUUGACAACGACAUUACCACGACGAUCUGAAUCAAAGCAUCAUCCUGUCCAAAUCUAUAAUGGUUGUAAAUUUGUCGAUAAGCGAAAUGAUAAGCCUUCAGGUAUUGAUCUCUAUGCUUGGCAAUUAAGAGCACAAUAUCAGCCUUUGUAUAAGCAACUUCAACAAGCAAGAAAGGUCUUGACUACACAUGAUUGGAUGCUCGCUAGGGAUGAACUGAAAUCAGUAAAGACAAUUGCAAGUAUUGAAAACCUGAAAAAGAAGAAUUUAUGGAGUCAAAGACAAUUAAAACGUCAAAAAAUGAUACCUCGAACAAAGACACAUUGGGAUUUAUUAAUGGAUGAAAUGAAAUGGAUGCGAACAGAUUUUAAAGAAGAAAGAAAGUGGAAGAUAGCAACAGCCUAUUCUUUAUCCAGAGCUGUUAUGGCAUGGCAUGAAGCGGAGGAUAAAUCUAGUUUAUGCAUCAAGACAAAGUCACCGAUGUUUCUUGAUGAAAAAAAAGAACUUCAUAAAGAAGAGGAUGUGGAGAUGACAGAACCUGUUUCUGAAGUUCAGCAUGUUGACACAGACACACCAAAAGACACAUUGACAGAACGAUCACUUAUGGACGAGGACGAUGAUGAAGAAGAAGAAAACAAGGUUGCUUCCAAUAUUAUUCAUCAAUAUCGACAUAUGAUUCAGAACUUGGGUCCUGACCAAUUCACGAUGGCACUCAAUGAAGACGAGCAUGACAUUAUUUCGCUCUUUCCUGACCUGCUUUUGUAUACAGCACCUGAUCCUGACUGCAUUGGUAACGAUCCUUACUUUGAUGAGGCAGAAUACAGCCGUAUUGUGCCAUUCAAGAUUUCAACGCAACACAUUAAGCUUCAAAGGAAUGGUAAACAUCUUUCAAGAAAGCGUCAUACUAAUGGAGAACACACUCGUUUUAUUCUGGAAGAGGAAGACGACGAAGAAGAAGAUGAAGAAGAGGAAGAGGAAGAAGAAUACGAACAAAACAAGAUAAUGUCACGACAAGAGCGCCAUGAAACCACUCCUAUAGCCUCAUCAUUAUUCGCACCCAAGAAACAAAAGGAGGUGCCUGUGACUCAGCCGUCUACUCCACAAGUACCCCCUGGAGCAAGGCAAAUCGGCACUUGGUCUGAAGAUGACGAUUUGUGUUUGAUCCAACUUAUUGUGCAAUACUCUUUCAAUUGGGAUCUCAUUUGUGAUGCUUUCAAUGCCAUAAGAGCACCCGUCAAUGGGGAAAAACGUACACCCUGGGACUGUCAUGAAAGAUGGAGACAGAACAACCUGACUUCAUUAUCAGGACAAAUCAACUCAACUUAUGUCUCGAAACUAAAGAAGGAUCUUUCAAGGAGACCAUCACCACUUAAGUUUGAUUCUGCAAGAAAAAGGCAGAGACAAUAUAAUAUGUUUGAGGCUAUUAAGAAGACUCAAAAGAAAAGAGAAGAUUCUAUCAAAUCUAAACCCACAUCUGCACCCCCUCGUAGUGUGAUUGAAGCACAUGGAAUGAGUUCACAAGGUCAACGAUUACCUUCUGCUAUGGAAUUAAGUCUACACAAAACACAAAGAGAAAGACAAAUGGCACAAGCUUUGAUAGAACAACGACAAUUGUCUCAGAAUUUCGCUCCCAACGGUAAUGGUUUGCCUCAGCCGACAGCAUCUCAAAUAAGACCUCCUACAGCAGUAAAUCAGAACGCUGCAUCAGCUGCGAUCGCCGCUGCGGCAGCAGCAGCCGCUGCAACCAAUAGGGGAGUACCUAGACCUCAACCAUCCUCCUCUUUCCAGCCUGCCCAACCAGGUCUAGCUCAACAAACCCCACAGCAGCAACAAGUGGCCACACAACAACAAGCAGCAGUUCAAGCUCAAGCGGCAGUUCAAGCCCAAGCAGCAGUUCAAGCCCAAGCAGCAGCAGCAGCAGCAGCAGCACAGGUUGCUCAACAACAGCAACAAUCACAGCAACAACAACAACAAGUACUUGCUCAACAACAGUUACAAGCUCAAUUACAAGCACAAUUGAAUGCUGUCAGUGCUGCUAAUACGGCUAAUAAUACUGUUGCUAACAAUUUACAAAAUCGAUACCCAGCAGCACAAUUACAUCUACUACGUCAACAACAAAUGGCCUUGAUGGCUGCUGCUGCUCAACAACAGCAACAGCAACAGCAACAGCAACAGCAACAGCAACAACAGCAGCAAGGUCAAACUCGACCACCUAGUACAAUACCUAUGCAACAACGAUUUGUAAACGUAUUAGCAUCACAAGCUCAAGCAUUACAAUCACAAAUGAGCACCAAUAGCAAUAAUAUUACGAGUACGGAUAAUAGCAAUACGAAUCAAACACAGCAAUCGUCACCGGCAUUGCAACAACAACAACAACAACAACAACAACAGCAAACAGCCAAUGCUUUAGCGCUAGCAGCACAAUUAGCACAACUUGGAUACCCUAUACAGUCACUUGGGCAGUUACCUGUAAAUCAACAAGCUAAUUUGCAACGAUACAUUACACAGUUGCAGAUGCGUAACAAUGCUAAUAAUAAUAACAACAACAAUACCACAAACAACAAUACAGCAGUAUCACCUCAACUUCAACAACAACUUCAACAACAAAUGCUAAAUAGUUUAACUCCUCAACAACAGCAACAGCUAUUGAUUCAGCAACAACAAAGACUUCAAGCUGUUCAGAUGCAACAACAAUUACAACUACAACAACAACUUCAACAACAGCAGUUAUUACAGAGAAAUAACACUACAAACACCAACAACACUAGCAACAAUAACAACAACAAUACUACUACUACUAAUAAUAAUGCAAAUUUAGGUUAAUUUUUUCAAUUUGUACAUUUUCAUCAUAAUUGUUUUUUUUUUCUGUACACAAAUAAACAGUUUGAUAAACAUUUCUCCUGAAAUUUAUGUACAAA